CUUGCUAACACCGCCCCCCAUCGCCCCCCCCGGCGCCGCCAUGUCCUCGCCCAGCCCUGCCAAGUGUCCCUUCAAGAAGCGAGGCAGCCUGCAGGCGGCCCCCCCCGCAGAGCUGCGGGGGGGGCUGAGCUCCCGGCCCCUGCAGUCGGCUCGGUCCCUGCCGGGGCCCCCCCACUGCCUGAAGCACUUCCCGGUGGACCUGCGCACCUCCAUGGACGGCAAGUACAAGGAGAUCGCCGAGGAGCUGUUCUGCCGCUCGCUGGCCGAGAGCGAGAUGCGCUCUGCCCCCUACGAGUUCCCCGAGGAGAGCCCAAUCGAGCAGCUGGAGGAGCGGCGCCAGCGCCUGGAGCGCCAGAUCAGCCAGGACGUGAAACUCGAGCCCGACAUUUUGCUCAGAGCCAAACAGGACUUCCUGAAAAUUGACAGUGCCACGGACCUACAGCUCCUGAGGGAGCAGCAGGAGGAGCUGAUGGACCAUGUGCCCAAGGAGCGGGAGGCGCUGCUGGAGCGGGAGUUCCAGCGGGUCACCAUCUCCGGCGAGGAGAAGUGUGGGGUGCCCUUCACGGACCUGCUGGACGCGGCCAAGAGCGUGGUGAAGGCUCUGUUCGUGCGGGAGAAGUACAUGGGCCUGUCCCUGCAGAGCUUCUGCCAGACCACUGCCCGCUACCUGCAGCAGCUCUCCGAGAAGCCCCUGGAGACCCGCGGGCACCACGAGGUGCCCGAGACCCCCGUGGCUGCCGAUGCCCCCGUGCACCCCCCGUUCACCGAGCAGCACCCCUACGAGGCCUGGGACCCCCAGGCCAUGCCAGCUGACCUGGGCUUCGGCCUGAAGAUGGUGGAUGGUGUCGUGCACGUCUACACCAAGCAGAACCUCACCGACAAGAGCACAGAGCUGGACCUGCCCUACCCAGACCUGCAGGAGUUCAUCGCUGACAUGAACUUCCUGAUGGCUCUGAUCAUCAAUGGGCCCAUCAAAUCCUUCUGCUACCGGCGGCUGCAGUACCUGAGCUCCAAGUUCCAGAUGCAUGUCCUGCUCAACGAGAUGAAGGAGCUGGCAGCCCAGAAGAAGGUUCCCCACCGAGACUUCUACAACAUCCGCAAGGUGGACACCCACAUCCACGCCUCCUCCUGCAUGAACCAGAAGCAUCUCCUGCGCUUCAUCAAGAGGGCCAUGAAGAAGCACCUGGACGAGAUCGUCCACGUGGAGAACGGCAAGGAGCAGACGCUGAAGGAGGUGUUCGAGACCAUGAACCUCACUGCCUACGACCUGAGCGUGGACACCUUGGACGUGCACGCGGACCGCAACACCUUCCACCGCUUCGACAAGUUCAACGCCAAGUACAACCCCAUCGGGGAGUCCAUCCUGAGGGAGAUCUUCAUCAAGACAGACAACUGCGUCUCGGGGAAGUACUUUGCCCACAUCAUCAAGGAGGUGAUGUCGGACCUGGAGGAGAGCAAGUACCAGAACGCGGAGCUGCGGCUGUCCAUCUACGGGCGCUCUCGGGACGAGUGGGACAAGCUGGCUCGCUGGGCUGUCACCCACCGCGUCCACUCCAACAACGUGCGCUGGCUGGUGCAGGUGCCGCGGCUCUUCGAUGUGUACCGGACGAAGAGGCAGUUGGCCAACUUCCAGGAGAUGCUGGAGAACAUCUUCAUGCCCCUCUACGAGGCCACCGUGCACCCUGCCCAGCACCCAGAGCUGCAUCUCUUCCUGGAGCAUGUGGACGGCUUCGACAGUGUGGACGACGAGUCCAAGCCUGAGCACCACAUCUUCAACCAGGACAGUCCCUUGCCAGGCAACUGGGUGGAGGAGGACAACCCCCCCUACUCCUACUACCUGUACUACAUGUAUGCCAACAUGACAGUCCUCAACCACCUCCGACGGAGGAGAGGCUUCCACACCUUCGUGCUGCGCCCGCACUGCGGCGAGGCUGGGCCCAUCCACCACCUGGUCUCGGGCUUCAUGGUGUCGGAGAACAUCUCCCACGGGCUGCUGCUGCGCAAGGCCCCCGUGCUGCAGUACCUGUACUACCUGGCGCAGAUUGGCAUCGCCAUGUCCCCGCUGAGCAACAACAGCCUCUUCCUCAGCUACCACCGCAACCCCCUGCCCGAGUACCUCUCGCGGGGCCUCAUGGUCUCCCUCUCCACCGACGACCCCCUCCAGUUCCACUUCACCAAGGAGCCGCUGAUGGAGGAGUACAGCAUUGCCACCCAGGUCUGGAAGCUCAGCUCCUGCGACAUGUGCGAGCUCGCCCGCAACAGCGUCCUCAUGAGCGGCUUCUCCCACAAGGUGAAGAGCUACUGGCUGGGUCCCAACUACCUGAAGGAAGGCCCAGAGGGCAACGACAUCCGCCGGACCAACGUGCCCGACAUCCGCGUCAGCUACCGCUUCGAGACGCUGUGCCAGGAGCUGACGCUCAUCACCCAGGCGGUGCAGAGCGAGGAGCUGGAGACCAUCCAGGAGGAGGAUGUGCUGACCUUCGGCCCCCCCCCCGGGCACCCACUGACUGCCCCGCCUCAGGGACCCCCCCCAACACACACGACUUGUGUCACCCCACAUCCAUCCAGGGCUUUGCUGCCGUCCUCCCCUUCCUCAGCCUCCUGCUACCUCCCUCCCUGGGAAGGGGACGUUCCCCACUGCUGUCCCCAGCGCCCCCCGAGGUGACACCGUGGGGGGGGGGGGGGGGCAGUUGCUGGGUUUUUGCCAUUUAUUGUUUUGGGUUUUUUUUGUCACUGUUUUUUAAACUGAUGUCUUGUGGCUGGGUUGGUCUUUGCUGGGGCUGGUGGCAGUGGGGACACGGGAGGUGACACUGGUGCUGGGGGGUCCUGGCUCCACUUCCUGGGCACAGCAGUGCUGGGCAGGGAGAUGUCGUGGGAGGGCCCAGGCCACCAACAGGGCCCAGCUCCGUCCACGCUGUUGCCCGGUGGGGACAAACAGCAGCACCCAGGACUCGGACCUGGGCUCCUCUCUAACCCUCCCUGCCACAAGGUGGCGCAGUGGCCAUGGGGUGCACGCAGGAGGAGCGGGGUGGGGCCGGGGACUAGUCCCUCAGCGCAGGGAAGAAGGCGAAGGGAUCCGGGUGAGCCGUGCGCCCGUCCGCCAAGCUCCCCGGGGCUGUUUGUGGCCCGGAUCGGGCCGGAUGAGGCUUCUCCCGUCCUGGCGUGAGCGUUUCCCCGUCCCCGUGUGCCCCCAGCCCGCCCCUGCCGUGUCCCCCAAGAAGGGUGCGGAGCUGGCAGGAGAACGUGCAGGCGGCGACAGAAACCAAACAAUUAAACCCUGAGCGGCGGGCACGGAAAAUAAAGUGUUUAAGUCCAA